AAGAAAAUGUAGUCAGUGGGCAUGGUUUCUAAACAGUCCUAUAAGCCCCCUCCCAAAUUUCUAUAUAACCCCCAGCUCCCUCCCACAUUCCUCACACCACUGCCUCACAUUUUCUCUGCCCUUUAUUCUCUUUGGAGUCUCAUCAUCCAUCCUAUAAUGAAAAUGGCUUCUGCUGUGUUUUUCUUGGUGGGUCUUCUUGCAAUGGUGACAUGUGCGCAUGCUUAUGGUGGUGGUGGUUGGGUUAACGCUCGUGCCACUUUCUAUGGAGGUGGUGAUGCUUCUGGAACAAUGGGUGGUGCUUGUGGCUAUGGAAACCUCUACAGCCAGGGGUAUGGUACAAACACUGCUGCUCUGAGCACUGCUCUGUUCAACAAUGGGCUGGGAUGUGGGUCUUGCUAUGAAAUUAGGUGUGUGAAUGACCCAAAAUGGUGCCUUCCUGGCUCCAUUGUGGUCACAGCCACUAAUUUCUGCCCUCCAAACAAUGCCCUACCUAACAAUGCUGGGGGUUGGUGCAACCCUCCUCAGCAUCACUUUGACCUCUCUCAACCUGUAUUCCAGCACAUUGCUCAAUACAAAGCUGGAGUUGUCCCUGUUUCUUACAGAAGGGUACCCUGCAGCAGAAGGGGAGGCAUCAGAUUCACCAUCAAUGGCCACUCCUACUUCAACCUGGUUUUGAUCACAAACGUUGGUGGUGCUGGUGAUGUGCACUCUGUUUCAGUCAAAGGGUCCAGAACCGGUUGGCAACCAAUGUCCAGAAACUGGGGGCAAAACUGGCAAAGCAACUCAUAUCUGAAUGGGCAAGCCCUAUCCUUCAAGGUCACAACCAGUGAUGGCCGCACUGUGGUGUCCUACAAUGCUGCCCCAGCUCGUUGGUCCUUUGGCCAGACCUUCAGUGGUGCCCAGUUCCGCUAAGGGACUCUCACCCUUCGCCUCCUACUUGGGACCUUCUGCUGUCUCUAUAUUUAGCGGUUUCCUAGGAUUUUAUAUAUAUUUUCUACAUAUAAUACCAAGUAUUAAGGUUAGUGUGACUCUUAGUAUGCUAGGAUAUUAGUUAGUAUACUAUAACUAUGGGGUCAGUUGAGUCAUUGGCCUCUAGGGUCGAAAUUCAAAAUGGGGAGGAGCUUAUUUUAAAAGGGCUCUCCAUGAUUUUAAUUUUAUAUCAUUGAAAGGGUAGGGUACCCUACUAUCCUUGGGACCCUAAACUCCUUGCUGGGUCUUUUGCUUUUUACUUCUGUUGUAAACCAGAGGUUGGGCAGAGGUGGUCUGUUGACCACCCGCCAUUAGUAAUAGUAGUCUUCUUUUUCUGUUCCCGGAAUAUUCCGAUUUCCGACGCGUUUUGUGGUUGUUCUGUAAGGCCAUGGUAAUCAGCUCAUGCUUUGAUUACAUGUCGUCCUCUAUGUUUGAACUUUGUUAUUCGAGACUAAAUGUAUAUUUCCCAUUUUCUACUAGUAAUGAAUCAAGUGCUAAUUAUAUUA